UAAACACACAAUACAUUAUCACUGAUAUAUUUGGCUCAUAGUAUCUCGCGGUGUUUGAUUUCAAGUCAUUGUCUAGAGAUAACAUCCAUAGGACUAUUCUGAAUUGUAACUAAAGGGCAAUUUGGAGAAUGAGAUGUUGGAGAAAACAUAUGUAUUUCCUUUGAAUUUUGAAUGCGGUUACGUGAAAAAAAAAUGGUUGAUAGAGGAAAUUGAUGAAAGUGAACGGGCUCUUGAAACUGACCCGUAGAAACCACAACGAGCUCGACAAGCAUGCAACGGAAAGCCCAACAGCAGGUCCAGCCCAUAACUAUCGUAAAAAAAGUCCGGCCCAUAACUCAUCUACACAUCCUCCAAUAAUAUAUAGCACACUUUUAUGUACUUUUCUCCAUUUUAAUUUUCUUACUCUCUCCUUAAUUUUAGGUAGUGGUGUAAUGAUAAUUAAGGAAGUUACUAAUUAAAAAAAUGUUAAUAUAAAAAAGUAUGUUCCUGAUAUGAUCCAUUUUUACCCACCUUGCAAGCCACAAUUGCUUGAGCAAGAAGCAAGUUAAAUUGGCAAAGAAAAACAUCAAAUGCAACUAAGUGUUUGUUCAUGUGUGCAGGAUACUCACUUUGCAAGGAUGAUUCUCUCCAAUGCUUCAUUGAAAAUGGACAAAGGAAGGCUUGACUUAAAGCUUGGGAGUUGCUCUACAAGAUGGAGUGCUUUGGAGUUCAAGGUGAAGCCAGAAGAGUGGUUUUUAAUGCCUCUCACAAGGCUAGGUCGAAACUGGAAGUUUGCCAGAAAACGGCUAAGUGUCAAAGUCAGUUCGUAAUUUUUUGGGCGACGAAAUGUCAUUUCCUAUGGAUUUUGAAUUCUAUAGAUCACGGAUUCAGCCUGAGGCUAUUCUUCAAUGAUGACUAAGUCCAUUAAGCAUCGAUUUGGGCGGAUUUAUCCCGGGUCAAUUUUUGGACGAUUCAAAAGGGGUACAAUCACAGAUCUCGGGCGAUUUUUCUGAAAUGCCAUUUUCUUUGGAUUCUGGAGGCUGCAGAUCACUGAAUCAGGACGAGGCUAUUCUCCACCGAUAAUGAUAUUCUAUUGAUCCUAUUCUCCACGGAUGAUAAGUCCAUUAAGCAAAGAUUUGGGUCAAUUUAUUUUCGGAUGGCAUUUUCGUAAUUUUUUGGGCAACGAAAGGUCAUUUUCUUUGGAUUUUGAAUGCUACAGAUCACGGCUUCGGCCUGAGGCUAUUCUUCAAUGAUGAUUAAGUCCAUUAAGAACCAAUUUGGGAGGAUUUAUUCCGGGUCAUUAUUUGGCAGAUUCCAAAGGGGUACCAUCACAGAUUUUGGGCGAUUUUUCUAAAAUGCCACUUUCUUUCAAUUCUGGAGGUUGCAUAUCACGGCAUCUGGCCGAGGCUAUUCUCCACCGAUAUUGAAGUCUAUUGAUCCUAUUCUCCGCAGAUGAUAAGUCCAUUAAGCACCGAUUUGGUCCAAUUUAUUUUCGGAUGGCAUUUUCGUAAUUUUUUUUGCGACGAAAGACCAUUUUCUUUGGAUUUUGAAGGCUACAGAUAACGGAUUCGCCCUGAGUCUAUUUUUCAAUGAUGAUUAAGUCCAUUAAGCGCCGAUUUGGAAGCAUUUAUUCCGGGUCAAUUUUUGGCAGAUUCGAAAGGGGUACUAUCACAGAUUUCGUUGAUUUUUCCGAAAUGACAUUUUCUUUCGAUUCUGGAAGCUGCAGAUCAGGAAAUCAGGUCGAAGCUAUUCUCCACCGAUAAUGAAGUCUAUUGAUCCUAUUCUUCGCGGAUGAUAAGUCCAUUAAGCAUCGAUCAGCCGAGGAAAAGUGCACUCGGCCGAGAAGUCUCGGCCAGGAGCGCACCUCGGUAUAUCAAGAAUAACAAAAUCAACAGGAUAUGUGCAUGGAUUACGAGUUUAUCGAUAUUGAAUCGAUUGAACGCAACUUAAGGUUGUACCAUUAGUAUAGGUACAAUUUUGAGUUGUACCAUAAAGAGAUUUAUUAGAAAGUGUAGGUACAAUUUAAAGUUUUACCAUUAGGUUUUUUUGCUAUUUUACAACAGCCUGAAGUCUCGACUAAAGGUCUUCCGACCCUCUCAAUCUGAAUCUCUAGGGGGCGACUAACCUCCACCGGAGUAUUUGAAUUUUAUGGUGUGAUUUAAGAACUUUGUGUUGUAAUUUGAAUUUUAUGGUGGAUUGGUGGAUUGGAUUGGUGGAUCCAUGGAUCAAAUGGAUUGGAUCUAAUGGAUUGGUGGAUUCAUGGAUUGGAUCAAGUGGUAGGCUUUCCCGAUGAUUUUCCGGCUUUCAUCAUGAACUUCUCACAAAUUCUUUUUGCUCUAUCCGUGCCCUUAAAAACACAUCCUCAAGAUGGAAUGAAUUCGUUAUGCUCUACAAAACGAGAUCAAUUUUCAAUAUAUUUCGAGAAACUUUUUUUUUACUAACUACAUACACUCGGCCGAGGAAAAGUGCACUCGGCCGAGAAGUCUCAGCCAUGAGCGCACCUCGGCUGUGCACUCGGCCGAGGAAAUCAGCCACUGACCGAGCGGUAUACGGGUGCGCCAGAGCCAUGAAAUGGGCGUAUUUUUCAGUCGAUCCACGACGACGGACAUAAAACAUCACCUUGAAGGCAAAGAGAGUACGAACACAACACAUUACGGGACUCGAGUUGUUUGUACCACGCCAACCCAAAGGCAGAAAACCUCACCCGUAGAAUGCCCUCUGGGGCAAGACCUCUCCAGCAGCUGGAUGCCAUUUUUACCAGGAGCGGUAAGACCAUAUCUGCUGAUCCUGUCCCAUCCAGACAGGAGGAACCACUACCUGCUGUUUCGUCGAUGGAGUUCUUCACCGACCAGUUCCAGCAGAUGGCUCUCCAGUUCCAACAGCUGAUCUACAUAACCAACAUCUCUUGGCUCACCAGCAUCAGUUCCAGCAGACGAAAUGGAAACCAACGGCUAAUCUACAGAUUGAGAUUUAAAAUUUGAUUUUAAUUUGCCCACGUGUUAGAAGUGCAUGAUAAAUACCACCAAACCCCAAUACUGCAGAGGAAAUUAAGUGAGUAUUUACCCCACUAGUUUGUUUAACAUGCCUUCUAGGAUGCCUACGCCUUGCUAAUGGAGGGAGUAUCAGGUGACUAAGGCUUGACUAAGCCCCUCUCACAAUAUCAGUAGGAGGCGCGCCCGAAGGUUAGGCAGCAGUGUGGUUCCGGGUGCCGUCGCGUCAUUGAGAUCCGCACCCACAGAGGCUCGAAACAAUUUAAAACAUCAUUGCAACGUUGAAAAUGACAACCAUACAACAUUAACGCGAAAUAUAACUUCAUACAUGUGUUCAUCAUUCGCGGAAAAGCGAGGAUUCAUAUUGUGACUAAAAGGGAUGAUCCGUUCUUGCCUUCUUGAUUGGACAUUUCCGAAACAGUAUUUGACUUUGAAUACAUAUAGUAUGCCCGGACCGAAUCGGCAUAUUUUAAUGUGUUCUUCGUCAUUAAUAUGUUUGCUCGCGCUAAUUGUGGCCGUUGCGAGUGGCCGGGUUGGCCGUGCCAUAUUCUGCGAGAGCAAACACGGGCAAGAGGGGAUGUCCCCGAAAUUGAACAUCGAAUUGAUCCACCCUUUUUCCCGCUUCCCCACCUCCUCGCAAUCAACGGCCCCGCCUGGGAGAAACAGGUCACGAAUUGACGCAUGAGGCACACAAAGUCGGUUAGCACGAAACAAAUAACUAUCCACUCGAUAAUAUUUUCCCUCACCAUGGAUCCUGGUGCAUGAUCUGUUUAGUUUGAAACAUGAUUGGGUUCUAUUCUCCUUGAGAACAAACAUGGCAUAAUAACUCUUUUCGUUGAAGAGUUAUUAUGCCAUGUUUGUUCUCAAGGAGAAUAGAACCCAAUCAUGUUUCAAACUAAACAGAUCAUGCACCAGGAUCCAUGGUGAGGGAAAAUAUUAUCGAGUGGAUGGUUAUUUGUUUCGUGCUAACCGACUUUGUGUGCCUCACUAAAAAAAUGUUAGCUAGCCUAGUAGCCUCAAUAGGUUUGUAGAAACAGAAAAUGUGGCCUAACGUGAGUUCUCAGCUCUUUCCCUCACUUCCUGAUCAGUUUUGUUUCCCGUGUGGCCAUUUUCUAUGCUAAUAGUAAUUGGUGGUCGAGAACGUGACGCAGUACCACAUGACUUCGGCCGCGGGGACGUUCUGCUACAUCGACCCGGAGUACCAGCAGACCGGGAUGCUAGGGGUGAAGGCAGCCUUUCCAGGCUAGACAGGGGCCAUCCCCACAGCAGCAGCCCUACCAGCCUAGGCAGGGGCAACAAUUCCAGCAGCCCCAGCGUCAGUACGUAUGGACAAAAAAAAUAUAAUUGAUAGUGAGGGACACCCCUAAAUUUGAAAAAAUUAUCGUGAGUCUACUAGAUCAUGCUCGUCGCGAGUUUGGUAGUCCUCGGUGGUCACGAGUCCGCUAGACCGCGCUCGUUCACUGAUGAGGGUAAAAAAAAUCAUUUCUACUGCUCCCGUGUCGCAGCCUAGCCCUACAUAAUUAAUGAGCCAACUUGAUAUUUUGGCGCGCCAACAAUCCCUACCCCUUCAACUCGUUCUAAUAGAUGUAGUGUUACGUCUCGCAAAAUUUACUAUGUGUGUUCCUUUUAAGUGCGCCUUCCUUCCUCGACCAAUUAUCCGACCCCCAUUGGUUGAAAGCUCCAUGAACGUCAGGCUCGUUUGAUUCUGAUUUUCAGUACGAAUACAUUUUUAGGGGCAAUUUAACAAGCUCCUUGUUGUAAUUCUCGUAGACUAACAUUUGCAACAAUUUUGCAAGGGUCCGAGUUUUAGAAUUAUUAGGCAUCUUUUUUAUUUCCUGAAACGACCUGUUUGGGCCAAUUUAUUUUCGGAUGACUUUUUCGUAAAUUUUUGAACGACGUAAUACCAUUUUCUUUGGAUUUUGAAGGCUACAAAUCACGGAUUCGGCUGAGGCUAUUCUUCAACGAUGAUUAAGUCCAUUAAGCACCGAUUUGGACGAAUUUAUUCCAGGUCAAUUUUUAGCAGAUUCCAAAGGGGUAUCAUCACAUAUUCCGUUCGAUUUUUCCGAAAUGCCAUUUUCUUUCUAUUCUGGAGGCUGCAGAUCAACGAAUCAGGCCGAGGCUAUUCUCCACUGAUAAUGAAGACUAUUGAUCCUAUUCUUCACGGAUGAUAAGUCCAUUAAGCACCAAUUUGGGCCAAUUUAUUUUCAGAUGGCAUUUUCAUAAUUUUUUGCCUACGAAAGGCCAUUUUCUUUCGAUUUUGAAGGCUACAGAUCUCGGAUUCGCCCUGAGGCUAUUCUUCAACGAUGAUUAAGUUUGUUAAGCACCGAUUUGUGCGGAUUUAUUCCAAGUCAAUUUUUAGCUGAUUCAAAAGGGGUACCUUCACAGAUUUCGUGCAAUUUUUCCGAAAUGUCAUUUUCUUUCGAUUCUGGAGGCUGCAGAUCAUGAAAUUAGGUCGAGGCUAUUCUCCCGAUAAUGAAGUCUAUUAAUCAUAUUCUCCAUGGAUGAUAAGUCCAUUAAGCACCGAUUUGGGCCAAUUUAUUUUCGGAUGACAUUUUCGUAAUAUUUAUGCCUACGAAAGGCCUUUUAUUUUAUUUUAAAGGCUACAGAUGUUCUUCAACGAUGAUUAAGUUCAUUAAGCACCAAUUUGGUCGAAUUUAUUCCGAGUCAAUUUUUGACAGAUUCCAAAGGGGUACCAUCACAGAUUUCGGGCGAUAUUUCCGAAAUUCCAUUUUCUUUAGAUUCUAUGGGCUGCAGAUCACGGAAUCAGCCCGAGGCUUUUCUCCACCGAUAAUGAAGUCUAUUGAUCCUAUUCUCCACGGACGAUAAGUCCAUUAAGCACCGAUUUGGGUCAAUUUAUUUUCGGAAUGCAUUUUCAUGAUUUUUUGGCCGACGAAAGGCCAUUUUCUUGGGAUUUUGAAGGCUAAAGAUAAUGGAUUCGACCUGAGGUUAUUUUUCAACGAUGAUUAAGUCCAUUAGCACCUAUUUGGGCGGAUUUAUUCUGGAUCAAUUUUUGGCAUAUUCGAAAGGGGUACCAUCACAAAUUUAGGGCGAUUUAUCGGAAAUGUCAUUUUAUUACGAUUCUGGAGGCUGCAUAUAACAGAAUCCGGCCGAGGCUAUUAACCACCGAAAAUGAAGUCUAUUGAUCCUAUUAUCCAAGGACGAUAAGUCCAUUAAGCACCGAUUUGGUCCAAUUUUUUUCGGAUGGCAAUUUCGUGAUUUUAUGGCAAUUUCGUGAUUUUUAGGGUGACAAAAGGCCAUUUUCUUUGGAUUUUGAAGGCUACAGAUAACGGAUUCGGCCUGAGGCUAUUUUUAAACGAUGAUUAAGUCCAUUACGAACCGAUUUGGGCGGAUUUAAUACAGGACAAUUUAAGGC